GUGACUUACCUACAGGGGGAUCUAUUAUCAACGUUACGGUAGGAAAACGUGACGUACAGCUCGGAGCUCUUGGAAUGACACCAGCGCGCUGGUAGCAGCAAGUUGGGCGCUAGGACAGAGCCUGUGCACCGGCCGGUUUGGCGCCGUCACGUCGCUCUUCAUAACUCCGUUGCAUGGGAGUCUACAGCUGAGGACUACUAAUCCGGGUUUAGACACCACGGCAUUUCGCCCUCACAUCUGGAAGCAUCUGCAUUCAGGGCAGGAGUACUUUGAAGUACAGGAGCCUCACCACCAUGUCCAGUGUGCAGAGGGUCGGCAGCCCGGCCAACCUCGCCGAGGCGAAGAGGAGCGAGCUGCGGAUGAAGGAGAAGAAGUGCUCGUGGGCAUCCUACAUGACCAACUCUCCCACGGUGAUCGUGAUGAUCGGCCUUCCUGCCAGAGGGAAGACCUAUAUGUCCAAGAAACUCACUCGCUACCUCAACUGGAUCGGUGUCCCCACCAAAGUGUUUAACCUGGGCGUGUACCGGAGGGAGGCGGUCAGGGCAUACAAGUCCUACGACUUCUUCCGCCAUGACAACCAGGAAGCCAUGAAAAUCAGGAAACAGUGUGCCCUGGUCGCCCUGCAGGAUGUGAGGGCGUAUCUGACAGACGAAGGAGGACAGAUCGCUGUGUUCGACGCAACAAAUACGACGAGGGAGAGACGAGACCUCAUUCUCGCUUUUGUCCAAGAAAAUGCAUUUAAGGUGUUUUUUGUGGAGUCAGAGUGUGACGACCCAGAAGUCAUUGCUGCCAACAUUCUGGAGGUAAAGGUUUCAAGCCCUGACUACCCGGAGAGACACAGAGAGCGAGUGAUGGACGACUUUCUGAAGAGAAUCGAGUGUUACAAGGUCACCUACCAACCGCUAGACCCUGACCAAUAUGACAAGGACCUGUCCUUCAUCAAGGUGAUGAACGUGGGCGUGAGGUUCCUGGUGAACCGGGUCCAGGACUACAUCCAGAGCAAGAUCGUGUACUACCUCAUGAACAUCCACGUGCACUCCCACUCCAUCUACCUGUGUCGCCAUGGCGAGAGCAACCACAACGUAGAGGGCCGCAUUGGGGGGGACUCCGAGCUGUCCCACCGCGGUAGACUGUUCUCCCAGGCUCUGCGGAGCUUCAUCGAGCAGCACCAGCUGUGGGACCUGAAGGUGUGGACCAGCCAGUUGAGGAGGACCAUCCAGACGGCCGAGGAGCUCGCUGUGCCCUACGAGCAGUGGAAGAUCCUCAACGAGAUCGAUGCUGGGGUGUGUGAGGAGAUGAGCUACGAGAUGAUCCAGGCCUCCUUCCCGGAGGAGUUUGCUCUACGGGACCACGACAAAUACCACUACCGUUACCCCGGGGGAGAGUCCUACCAGGACCUGGUCCAGAGGUUGGAGCCGGUGAUCAUGGAGCUGGAGCGCCAGGGCAACGUGCUGGUGGUCUGCCACCAGGCCGUCAUGAGGUGUCUGCUGGCCUACUUCCUGGACAAGAGUGCAGAGGACCUUCCCUACAUGAAAUGUCCUCUCCACACCGUCCUAAAGCUCACCCCCGUUGCAUACGGUUGCAAAGUGGAAAUGUUUUCCCUUAAUGUGGAGGCAGUGAACACGCACCGGGACAGACCUCUUUGUGUCCCGGUCUCCCCGCAGGCCAACGAUCCCAGGGACACCGUUCCCAUCCUGAGACGCAAUAGUUACACGCCACUGGCCAGUCACGACCAGGUCAAACGGCCCCGGCUGUACAGCGCCGGGAACAGGCCCUGGCUGCCCUCGGCCCCCACCCCCUCUGCUCUCAUGCCGGAGGGACAGCAGAGCCAAGUUAGUGUCAGAGUCACCCCCAACCUCCCACACCCCCCACCUUCACCACACCAGACCAGUCCGCUGUGCAGCCCCAGGCCUUCGCUCGUCUCCGCGGUUUCACGUCUGCUCUGGGUCGACGCCGUCUGUCUUUCUGGUGCAUGGUGCCCUUGCUUCACAGCUCUGCUCGGCCUAGCAUGAUAGCACGCCUACCGUUAGCAUUAGCAGGUCUAAUGCUAGCUUUAGCUUCACAUCUACUGGGCACACUCAUACACACACUAUAUAUUACCCAUUUGUCUAUGGGAAAAGAAGAAUGGAAACUAUUACAAUUCCAGAUAUCUUGCAUAAAUUGCAAGAUGCAACAUCGGACACGAACAGUCACACAGACACAUAUGUAUAAAUAUAUAUGUAUAGAUAUAAAUGUUAUAAAAAAUAAAGAAUCAUUACCAAUUUGGUGUUGAGAGGUGUGCCGUUUCCAUUUGUGUGUUUCGGAAGAAACAGUGGCAUUGUCUUGUGAGUCCAGUGCUUCAGUCGUUCUCCAUAUCUCUAUCUAUCCCUCUGUCUCUCUCUCUCUCUGCCUCGUCCCCUUCUCCUAUCUGUCUCUUCACAGCCUUGGAUAGGUGUCAAGUGUCUGUGAGUACGGUAUUGUCAUUUCCUCCCCCAAAGGUUGAAUUACAUCAUAAUCAUGAACUAUUUCAAUGCAAUUAACACUUAUUCUAGUUUCCAACCGUUUUUGGAGUUCAGUGAAAGCAGUGAUUUAUGUUGUUAGGGUUAGGGUUAGGGUUAACCCUGUAUGGGCCUCUGACCCUAACCCUAACCCAAAAUCGAGCAUUGUUUGAUUGGAGUAAAACAGCUUUUAAAACCUUUUAUUCAACAUUUAAACACAAAUGUAAGUAAUAAAUGUUGAGCGAAGUUACCAUACUAAGCUGUGUGAGUGCUGUUUAUCGCUGUCCUUUAACCACAUGCCACUACACUGACACAAAGUCUGCAUGACAAACACAGACAGGAUGUCCUCCAUACGAACAAAGUAGAACAGGGAGAGUUGCUGAGCUGAUACAUGUUGGUUUUUCCUGUUUCUGAAGGACUGCCUGUGUGAAGGAAUCGACUCGGACAGCCCAGAAGAGGCUAGUGACAGUGUCGAGUUCUGAGUGACCAUGGCACCCAAGACUCCCAAGCAAACGAUGCAUCACAUCAACGUAACCUGCUGCCUUGUCUAUGCUCGCGCACAAUUUAUUCACACGCCGUAACAAACAAAAUCUUCAGAACACAUUCAUUGCAAAAUGUAUUUCUGCCUAUCCGAUUUUUUAUUUGUGUUUUCGAUUAGGUAUGUUGAUCAAUUAAUUCUAAAAAACUUUAGAAUUAAUCGAAUCGAUAAAAUAUAAACGUAUCCUCAUAUUAAUUGCCUUUGAUAUGAUUUCAAAAUAAUAUCUUGGCUCAAAACUGACCAUGUGUAAUAAAUGAGGUUCGACGGUUACAUUAAAGUCCCUGCAUCCCGGGACCGGGGAAUCCAACCAAAGCCAACGGCUGUAAGCUUCUCCUGCAUGCGUGCCAAUACAAGGUCAUUGAACCAGUGAGAUGUAGCAGAGCUAGCACAUAGUAGUGUCUCAUUCUGCCUUACGGCUAUACGCUGCAUGCUACCAUAGCAUCCUCUUAGCACAAUUAUGUACAAUUAAUUAACCCAGUUCACCAACUGUUAUUUCACGAUGUGUGAUUGUAUAAAUAUAAAAAAGAAGUUAAUGUGGAUGCAUUUAUUUGAUGUGUUUUAACUUUGUAUUUAUCUGCUGUGGCCGAGGUUGGACACAUCAAUGAUAACUGGUUCUGAGGUAAAUCUUGGUCAAUCGCAAAGUUGAUAUUUAUGAUAUUUUUGACGGUAUGAGGUAUUUUUGAAAUGGGGGAAAAUGGAAAACAAAGGAUUUAAACCACGUUCUCAGAGUUUGUAAAGGUUUAAGAGCGAUGUGAUAGGUCUAUGGCAUUGUAAUAUACAAUAUAGUAAAUAAAAUGAAUAAAGUCCUGCUCUAAGUCGA